GUGGACGCGAACCAAAGACAAAGCUGUGGGUUAGCUAUGUACUUGUCCAUAUCGAUGCCUUCCAUUAUUCGAUGCAGGUUUCUCGGAGAGAAACCACGCGAUCCCUACAGAGUUCCUCUAAGGCUCUUAUAAGAGGGCAUCCCGCUCAUUCUUGUUCCUAUUGCUCCAGUCCAGUAGUCGCCCAACGCCCAUCGCCCAUCGCCCACCGCCCAUCGCCCAUUGCCCCUGGCCGCCGCUCGUUCGUUGUUCCUUUGUAUACUCGCCGCCAUUAUGAGGGCCACCCUCAUUACCUGUCUGGCUACAUUUGCCCAUUUCACUUCAGAUCCCCUUUGUGAGAACAGUGCUACUUCCAGGUCAUGCUGGGGGGAGUAUUCUAUAGAUACAGACUACUAUUCUGUUACACCCAGCACAGGAGUCACCAGAGAGUAUUGGCUCUCUGUCGAGAACACAACGCUAGCACCGGAUGGAUACGAACGACAAGUCCUGACAUUCAAUGGAACCUUGCCAGGCCCAGCCAUCAUUGCUGAUUGGGGCGACGAGAUUAUUGUUCAUGUCACGAAUAAUCUGGAGCACAAUGGAACUUCCAUUCACUGGCACGGUCUUCGACAGCUAAACAACAACCAAGCUGACGGCGUUCCGGGAGUUACCCAGUGUCCAAUCGCACCAGGCGGAAACUACACCUACAAGUUUCAAGCCACUCAGUACGGCUCAUCAUGGUACCACUCUCACUUCACUCUGCAGUACGGCGAAGGGCUCUAUGGACCCUUGAUCAUCAACGGCCCUGCGACUUCAGAUUAUGAUGAAGAUCUCGGCGUGUUGUUCAUAUCGGACUGGUCCCACCAGACUCUGUUUGAGUUGUGGGAUUAUGCUCAAACAGUCGGGGCUCCAACCCUAGACAACGGCCUGAUCAAUGGGACAAACACCUAUGACUGCUCAAACUCUACCGAUGCUAACUGCAUUGGUGGCGGAAAGAAAUUCGAAACUGUCUUCGUCCCUGGCACAAAGUAUCGGCUGCGUCUGAUCAACGUUGCCACCAAUGCUCACCUUCAGUUCUCUAUAGAUGGGCAUAAUUUGACAGUCAUCGCCAACGAUUUGGUGCCUAUCGUGCCGUACGAGACCGAAAGUAUUCUUCUGGGUAUCGGCCAACGGUACGAUGUCAUUGUUGAAGCCAAUGCUGAGCCUGGUGACUACUGGCUUCGUGGUGGUUGGCAGGAGUCGUGUACAGUGCCAAACAACAACGCUGCGAAUAUCACGGGAAUUGUGAGAUAUGACUCGACGAGUACCGCUGAUCCCACCACCACCGGCGUCACAAUUAGCGAGACUUGCGGUGACGAACCUCUAGCAAGCCUUGUCCCGCACCUCGCUAUUGAUGUCGGUAACUAUUCCUCGAUCACCGAAGAGGAUGUAGGCAUCGCUUUCGGCGACGCUGUGACUUGGACGGUCAACAGCAGUACGCUGUAUCUGAAUUGGUCGGACCCAACGAACCACAGAAUAGCCACCAAUCAAUCCAUAUUCCCCACGGAGUACAACGUCGUUCCUGUCAAUAAGACGAAUUCCAGUGACGAAUGGGCGGUAUUUGUGAUAGAAGAUCAGAGUGGUGAAGGGCUGGUCCAUCCCAUUCAUCUUCACGGUCACGAUUUCUGGGUGCUUGCGCAGGACUCGGGUCACUUCAACGGCAGUGGCGUGAACCUCACAAACCCACCCCGGCGCGAUGUCGCUUCACUUCCUGGAAAUGGCCAUCUCGUCCUUGCCUUCAAGAAGGACAACCCGGGCUCGUGGCUGCUCCACUGCCACGUCUCAUGGCAUAGCAGCCAAGGAUUCGCAUUGCAGUUUGUGGAGUCGGAGAGUGAGAUCGCGGGCACGAUCACCGAGACAGAUGCCCUCAUUGAUACCUGUUCGGCCUGGACGUCCUACACGGCUACUGAACUGUAUUCCCAGGAGGACUCUGGGAUAUAG